CAUUGUGCCGCUCGUCGUCUUCACCGUGCUCUUCGGCUCAUACUUCUUCAUAAUCGUUCAACGGGCGUUUGAAUUGCUGGUAUUAUAGUAAAACGCCUAAACAAACGUAGAAGAAAACUCCCGGCUGUUUUCUUGUGUGCCUGUGGUUCCUUUAGAAAAUCAAUUUUGGUGGACCGUGGUUCCUUCAAAAACCAUCUGCCUGCGUUUGCCUGUCUCUGUAUCUUCGACACUUCCUCUUUGGUGGAAUCACAUUGCCGAGCAAGAGGAUUUUGACUGCAAUAUUAUUUGGUUUCUGAGCAUUCAAAGAUGAUGGCUGGAUCCACGGUUGAGAACCUCUCCAACCCAGAAAUGAGUGAUGGGGAUUGGGCUCCUACCAAUCUGAGAAAAAAUCUAUGCAUCCUCUCCCGUAAUGAGAUUGAUCUCGCAAAAAUGCUAAUUAAAGAGAAACAAGGGCACCUUUUUGAACAUUGGCCUGAGCCUGGUAUUGAUGAUGCAGCAAAACAUGGUUUUUUCAAUCAGGUAACUUUGCUCAAUAACAGCUACCCAGGUGGUUUGUUAUCAUAUAUUCGAAAUGCUAGAAGCCUCUUGGCAGAUUCAAAGGCUGGUAAAAAUCCAUAUGAUGGAUUUAUUCCAUCAGUUCCAUCGGGGGAAGUGUUGUCUUUUGGUGAUGAGAAUUUUAUGAUGCUCGAAGAGGUUGGGGUUAAAGAAGCAUGUCGUGCUGCAUUUGUUCUUGUUGCAGGUGGUCUUGGCGAACGCCUUGGAUACAAUGGAAUCAAGUUGGCUCUUCCUUCAGAAUCAACAAGCGGGACAUUAUUCUUGCAACAUUAUAUUGAAUCUAUACUAGCUUUGCAGGAUGCUAGUUGUAAAUUGGUUGAAGGUUCAUGUCAACGACAGAUUCCUCUGGUCAUAAUGACAUCUGAUGAUACACAUAGCCGUACCCUAAAGCUUUUGGAAUCAAAUGCUUACUUUGGGAUGAGCUCAUCCCAGGUUAUACUCCUCAAGCAGGAAAAAGUCGCAUGCUUGGCAGAUAAUGAUGCUAGCCUAGCAUUAGACCCAAAUGACAAAUACAAGAUUCAGACAAAACCACAUGGACACGGAGAUGUGCAUGCCCUUCUGUAUUCUAGUGGCCUCCUGAAUGAGUGGUGUAAAUUGGGUUUAAAGUGGGUUUUGUUUUUCCAAGAUACAAAUGGACUGCUUUUCAAGGCAAUUCCUGCUUCUCUGGGUGUAAGUGCUACAAAGUCCUAUCAUGUGAAUUCUCUCGCCGUCCCACGCAAAGCCAAAGAAGCUAUUGGUGGAAUCACAAGACUCUCUCAUGCUGAUGGUAGGACCAUGGUAAUCAAUGUGGAGUAUAAUCAGCUUGAUCCUUUACUUCGUGCCACUGGGCAUCCUGAUGGAGAUGUGAAUGAUGAAACUGGUUAUUCGCCUUUCCCUGGUAACAUAAAUCAGCUUAUACUUGAACUUAGUCCAUAUAUGGAUGAACUGCAAAAAACUAAUGGUGCAAUCGCAGAGUUUGUGAAUCCAAAGUAUAAAGAUUCCACAAAAACAUCAUUUAAAUCCUCAACUCGUUUGGAAUGUAUGAUGCAAGAUUAUCCAAAGACAUUACCUCCGACAGCCAGUGUUGGUUUUACGGUGAUGGACACAUGGCUGGCUUAUGCACCUGUGAAGAACAACCCUAAAGAUGCUGCCAAGGUUCCUAAAGGAAACCCACACCAUAGUGCAACAACUGGAGAGAUGGCCAUAUACAGGGCCAAUAGCCUCAUUUUGAGAAAGGCAGGUGGACACAUUGAAGACCCCAAGCUUGAAGUAUACAAUGGGCAGGAGGUGGAAGUCUGGCCACGGGUUGCAUGGAAACCUAAAUGGGCCAUCACUUUUGCAGAUGUGAAAAGAAAAGUUAGGAGCUGCAGAAUCUCCCAAAGGUCCACCUUUGUCUUGAAGGGCCCCAAUAUUUUCAUCGAGGAUCUUUUCUUGGACGGAGCACUAAUUGUCAACUCAGUUGAGGAUGCAGAGGUGAAGUUGAAUGGGCACGUGAAGAAUGAAGGUUGGGAGAUAAGGGCUGUUGACUACAAGGAUUGUUCUCUUGCUGAGGAAGUACGUAUCAGAGGCUUCCAAAUUGAAAAGAAGGGGCAAUUAGAGCUUAACUACAAUGAACCAGGCAACUUCAGUUUCAACGGUUAGAUCUUUUCACCACCUACGAGCUUUUAAUACUGAUCCUGCACAUUAUGGAGUCUGCAGAAAAAGUUGCAGCACUAGCUUCAACUUGCGGAGAUGGGCUAUUUAAAUUUCAUUCAUGUGCAUCGAGUGGUUGUGUUGGCUGUUUCGUGCUUAAAUUUUUGUUUUUCUUCGAAAAUAACUAAAAAUGGAUUCGUCAAUUUUCCUCGGGGUGAACUGGUGUUGCCUCAUGUAAUAAUUUUUUCUUUUCAAUUUGUGAUAUUGCAAUAAGUGGUACUUGGAUGCCAAUUUGUUAAUGUUGGGAGAAAAGCGGAAUCUUGAAUGCCAGUUUUAGAAUUCUCUUUCAAA